AUGCCUUUGUUUAGAGAGGAGAACUUUCUCGUAAUACACGUAGGGUCUCUACAUACUAUUUUCCUGUUUGGACUUCAGGACUCGUUAUCACCACCUCAGUAUAAGGUUCCAUCGGUCGUUUUCCAGGCAGAAAAUGGAGAGUAUCAUUCUAAAAAUGAAGAGGGCAAGUACAAAGAGAUAAAACCUGUUCAAGGAAGUCGCAUAGUUGACUUGGAAGCUUUCCAAUACCUAUUGAAUAUUAUCCUCCAGAGUGUGAUUUCUCAGAACCCCAUUAUCACCAUCAGUCAAAUACCAUUGCUCUUGAUAACACCAUCUUUGGCGUGGUCGAGGUACCAGGUGGAGCAUAUAACAAAGUAUGUCUUGGAGACUCUUGAUUUCAAUGCUUUUAAUGUGAUCGAUAUUGCUUUGGCAUCUAAUUUCGCCAUGGGCUCCUCUACAAGUUCAUGUGUCGUCAAUGUUGGACGAGACAGCGUUCAAAUAAUGCCGGUAGUGGGAAACCAAUGUGUGAAGUAUGCUGGAAAGUAUAUUGCCGAUGUUGGCGGGAAGCUGGUCAAUGAAGAAUUGGCUGCGCUUCUUCCUAAAUUGACCGCAAACCAGAUCGAAGCUCUCAAGACUUCGGGAAUCUUUGAGGUGUUAAACGACGAGGAAGAUUCCUUCUACUCCUUUGCUGACUUGAACCGAGUAAGCGAGGGAAAUGAGGAAGACGAUAAUUUCGACAUUGCCAAGUUGGUUACCGAGUCUUCUUCAGAAACCGCUGCGGUCGCCAAUGGCGAAGAAAAAGACGGUGAGGCGGCUGAUGCGCCAUCGAAACAGAAGAACAGAGAGCUUGAGUCCAACUUUUUCUUGGACCCGGACACAAAAGAGAAAAUCUACGUUGGAAAAGAACGGUUCCAAGGCUGUAAAAGCUUCAUUAACACCAUUGCCCAUGCCAUCUACACAUCUCUCUUAUCUAUUCCCGACCUCGAAAAGAGACAACAAUGUUACGAUAACUUGAUAUUCGUGGGCUCCACGUUCAAAAUCCCCGGGUUGAAACAUGCUUUACUUAUGAAGCUUACCGCUGACUAUCUUGUGCGGCCUGCUAACGACGUUUCCAACAAAGAGAAGUCAAAGAAUGUUAACUCGGCAAUCUUGGCUUACCAACAAGCUGAGGAAGUAAACGACUCUAACGAAGGUUUUAAUGUUGUUCAGGUUCCUGGAUCAAUAAAGCUUGCAAAACAUCCGGAAUAUUUUCCAGAAUGGAAGCUACCAAAAGAGAGCGGUGGAUCCUGGGAAGAUGUCUAUUUUCUUGGAGCAGAAAUCUACGCCAAGCAAAUAUUCGGUGGAAAUUCCAACCACGGAGGAGAGAUGUUUGUCGAUUCAGAGGUGUAUAAGUACAAGGGUCCACAAGCCAUAUGGGACUCAGCGCUAUAG